GGGCGCGGCCGGGGCGGAGGCGACUCGGACAGCGCGUCGGUGGCUUCGUCGUCCGCGGAGGAGGAGAGCAGCAGCGGGGGCUCGGUGACCCUGGACCCUCUGGAGCACGCCUGGAUGCUCUCGGCCUCCGACGGCAAGUGGGACAGCCUGGAAGGGUUGCUCACCUGUGAGCCCGGCCUGCUGGCCAAGCGGGACUUCAUCACCGGCUUCACCUGCCUGCACUGGGCCGCCAAGCACGGCAGGCAGGAGCUCCCGGCCAUGCUAGUCAACUUCGCCAGCAAGCACCAGCUGCCGGUGAACAUCAACGCCAGGACGAGCGGGGGCUACACCGCCCUGCACUUGGCAGCCAUGCACGGGCACGUGGAGGUGGUGAAGUUGCUGGUGGGGGCUUACGACGCAGACGUGGACAUCAGGGACUACAGUGGGAAAAAGGCCUCUCAGUACCUGAGUCAGAGCAUCGCGGAGGAGAUCAGGAGCCUGGUGGGAGCCCCGGACGAGGACGACGGGGAGAGCGUCGCCGGCAGCGGGGGUGGGCGCUGGAGGCUUUCAAAGGUGCUCCCGUCGCAUCUCAUCACCUACAAACUCUCUCACGUCCUGGAGGAUGGGGGGAACCACCACCACCACCACCACCACCUCCACCUCCACCUGGCUGAGGGAUGGGCCGGAAGCAAAGCCAAGGAUCCAGGUCGCAAAGCCUCGGGCGGCUCUAGUGGGCGGAUAAAACCAAGACUCAACAAAAUCCGCUUCCGUACCCAGAUCAUCCACACCACACCCUCUUUCAGGGACCCGGAGCAGCCGCUGGAGGAGGGGGAGGAGGAAGAGGAGGAGCGGUCACUUAAAGGCCACUCAUCUUCAUUCAAAUUGAGACCGAAGUCCAAUGUAUUUGGGUAAAAAUAAUUUCUUUUAGAAAGCGCUAAGGUUUAUUUGUCUUCAGGAAUAGAAUGUUAGGUUUGAUUAAAGAAGUGAGACCAGAAAAGACUGAGAGGCUAAACUAUGCAUUCUUAUUCGAGGGGUUGGAACGGGUGGGGAGGAGUUCCCUUCAGGCUUGCAUUCUGUGAGAAGUGGAUUUCUUUUUAAGGGAUUCAUCACGCAGGACCUCUGCCUCUUUUCCCCAUUGCUCCUCUCUGCCGUGGAGUCCCUGUUUGUGAGGACUACAAAUGUACCUAAAUUGGGGGAACAGAAUCGAUGACCUAGGGUUCCUUUGCUUUAUCCAUUACUGGAUGCCAUGCAAAGUAAGGAGUACUGUAAGGAGUGUCUGUUUUUAUACUUGAUCACUCUUCCAAGAACAACAAAAAAUGCAAAUUUUAAUGAAAUUGGUAUUUGUAAGUGAACAAAACUACAUGCUGCCCUGUUUUUUCACUAAUUGCAUUCACUUUUUGAGGUACUACUGAAGGUCGAGUCAGAGUUGAAAUGCAAAAGUACUAAUUAGAGAAUAAUGUGAAUAAAAAUAGGAAUCUUGUUGGUACCCUAUUUGUAAUGUAAGUUCAAUUAUUAUUUUUAAAAAGCAAUUUCAGUUUUAAUCACUGAACUAGACAGGUAGGCAACAGUCACUUUUGAGUUAAUCUGUAGUAUGGUUUUCACCUAUCUUUAACACCACUGCACUCAUUGUUAAGGUACAUACUAAACGAAUUUUUAUUUAAAGAAAAGAAUACUUUUAGCAGCCUAUGGUACUUUUAAACAAAAUAUUGCCUGUCGUUCUGAUUCUCACUAACUUACUAUUCUAAAAGUCUAAAUUUGCAGGGGUUUUUAUUCUGGGGAUCAGGUAACCAUUGGUUCUAUUUGGCAUAACUUUAUUUAAUGGUGCUUAGAGCUGAAUUACCUACAGAAACUGUUUCUAGUUUAGACAGCAAAAAUUGACAUAAAUAUUAGUGAGCCUGUGCUUCUGUGAAGUAAUUAUUAAACGAACUUAAAGAUUCUCAUGUAAGAGAGACUUUUUAUUUUUCUAGUACCUUGUGGCCUCUAGGCUUUGUACCAACCUUUUGCAGAAGUUUAAAGUGCUAAGUCCUUUUGAUUUUCCAGUGUUUCCUUGAAUAUAUUAGAUACAUAUGGUGUAGUUACUGAAAAGCUGGGUAGUAAAUCUACCCAGUUAAAAAUGGCACUUUAUAAAAAAAGAGAAGAAAGUGGUGGGACUGUUUUCUACAUUUAAAUGCUGCUGGCUAUUGAAUUUCUUUGUGUAUAAGUGAAAAAUAUCACUCACUAAAAUUAAAGACUUGUUUUAAGUGUG